UUACGUCAUAAAAGAUGAAAUAAUAAAAAAAUCUAAAAAGAAAACAUAUCUUUACAUAAUACUAAUAAUUAUUUCAUGAAAAUAAUAUAAAAUAAAUAUAAGAUAAUAAAAAAAUGUAAGAAAGAAAUACCGAAUAAAAUUAAUGUAUAGAACUAGUUAUACAUUCUCAAAUGUAAAAGUAAAAGAUUACGUCAGUGACUUAUCUUGCUGACACAUGGUAUAUUAAAAAGUAGUGAGUGCAAGACUCAGUAGUCUACGAACUAUCGACAGUGCAACAUCGCGAAUUUUUUCUCUUAUAAUCAUUUUACUCUCUAUCACAUGAUGGAGACCUGGGCAAUGAUCUUGGCCUUCAUGGCAGUGUUACUCAGCAUUUAUUACUACAUCUUCAAAGACUUGAGCUAUUUCAAAAAAAUUGGUUUACCAUAUUUGGAACCAUGGCCGUUAUUUGGAAACAUGGGACAAGCAAUUUUCCGUCAGAAAACGAUGAUUGAUUUAACUAUAAAUGCUUACAAUUUGCAUCCAAAAGCCAAAUACGUUGGUUUCUUCGAUAUGAGUAAUCCGGUUUUACUUAUUCGUGAUCCUAAUUUAAUCAAAAUAAUCGCAGUAAAGAGUUUCGAUAAUUUCAUGGAUCACAGAGGUUUCGUCGACGAGUUACAGGAUCCAUUCUUCGGAAAGAAUUUAUUUUCUCUAAGAGGCGACCGAUGGAGAGAAACCAGAACAAUGUUGAGUCCUGCGUUUACUAUAAGCAAACUAAAAGGUAUGUUCAAAUUAAUGAACGAAUGCGGGGCAGAUUUUACAGAUUUUCUAUCAAAACUGCCAAAGAAUAAAACAACUAUAGAAAUGAAGGACGUCUUCACGAGAUAUACCAAUGACGUAAUAGUUGCAUGUGCAUUUGGCAUCAGUAUCAAUUCGAUGAAAAAUCCGCAAAACGAAUUCUAUGUUCUCGGAAGAGAUGCAACAAACUUUGACGGUAUUAAAUCUCUAAAAUUCUUCCUUAUUCGAUCUUUCCCAAAUAUUGUAAAAUUAUUCAACAUUAAGUUCAUAUCCGGUAAGAUCGAUUAUUUCUUCGAGACCGUUGUCCAGGAGAUUAUCAACACUAGAGAUCAAAACAGUAUUGUACGAGCAGACAUGAUACAACUGAUGAUGGAAGCUAGAAACAAAAAAGCUGAAAUCGGACAAGAAUUAAGUAUGAUGGACAUAGUAGCUCAGGCGUUUAUUUUUUUCUUUGGGGGCUUCGACACAAUCUCCACGGCUAUGUGCUUUACUUGUCACGAAAUUGGUGUCAAUCCGAAUAUACAAAAGAGACUUCAGCGAGAGAUCGACGAGGUCAUCGAAAAGACCAAUGGAAACCUAACUUAUGACGUGAUCAACAACAUGCAAUAUUUAGACGCCGUGAUAAGCGAGUCCCUACGAAGAUAUCCGAUUGCCAUCUUUCUUGACAGAAUGUGCAACGAGAAUUUCGAACUGCCACCAAGUUUACCUGGAAACAAACCCUUUCUCUUAAAAAAAGGCAUGAAUGUUUGGUUCCCAGUUUCUGCUUUCCAUCUGGAUUCGAAAUAUUUCGAGGAUCCGUAUAAAUUCGAUCCCGAAAGAUUUAUGAAACAUGGAAAAGAGAUAAAUAACUCCGGCAUCUACUUACCUUUCGGUUUGGGACCUAGAAUGUGCAUUGGUAAUAGAUUCGUUUUACUGGAGAUGAAAGUUUUGAUAUUUAAUUUAUUGGCAAGAUGUAAUCUCAAGCCUUCUGCUAAAACCCAAAAUCCUAUUCGAUUAUCUAAGAGAGGAGUCAAUUUGGCCCCUGAAAAAGGUUUUUGGAUGGAUUUAGAGGAAAGAAAGGAUAUUCAUCCUGCUGUUAAAAAUUUCGUCCCUAAUAGCACUACUGAUGAUGAUAUUAAAAGUGAUGCAUCAAUUAAUGGUGUUACUAAUGGUCAUGCGAUUAAAACUUAAGAUAUGCAAAUAAUGAUAAUAAUAGAUUAACUCGUCUAAAGUAUUCGUGUAAAUGUUUCUAUAUAUUUGUCGACGAAAUAUUAAGGAUUAGGGAUACUGAAUUUGGGUUAAAUGUUUGUGGAUCGUACUCCGUAGUAUCAGGGAUUAACGUCAUUUAAAUUAUAUGCAGCUAUGCACAUAUCGUCUUGUUAUUGGAUUUCAGAGAAUAAUGUUUCUCUUAUCUUA